GAGUGGCGGACACACGCCUUUCAAUUUUUUAAUUUGCAAUUGCAGGACACUUCAAUCUAUUGCAGAACAAUUCAAUCUAUAACUAAAAUAUUGAAAGCAGAAAUGCCUUUCAAUCUUUGAUUUUGCAUGCUGUGAAUUAGACAGGAAGAUUCCUUUCCCAAUUCCCAUUGCCUCUUUUACAAGACAACUCUCAUGUUUAUUCAACUUAUAAUAUUGUCCACUUGCUUUGAUGACUCCUAUAUAAGCGUUUAGUCAGGGCUUGUUUGCUCCAUGCACAUUUCUAUCGUUGUCUCGUAAAGCAUUGAACAUACCUGAGUUUCAGAAUAUUCAAAUGGCAAAUUUGUUCACUUAUCUGUUGUUAUGUUUGGCCAUCUUCUUAGUGAUAUCUCCAGCUGCAUCGUUGCCUUUGAAAAGAGGCUUUUAUUAGAGAACAUGCCCAUCAGCCGAGGCAAUUGUGAAAAGUACAGUAAAAACAGCAUCGAUUAACGAUCCUGGAGCACCUGCAGCUCUCAUUAGACUUCAUUUCCAUGAUUGUUUUGUGAGGGGUUGUGAUGCUUCCAUACUUCUGGAUUCCACACCUGGCAAUCAAGCAGAGAAAGAUAGCAUGGGGAACAAGGGUGUUCAGGGCUUCCAAAUCAUCGACGAAGCAAAGGCUAAAAUAGAAGCUCAAUGUCCAAACACUGUAUCAUGUUCAGAUAUCCUUGCCUUUGCAGCUCGUGACAGCGUUAAUCUAGCAGGUGGCCUUUACUAUGAUGUUCCUUCGGGGCGUCGCGAUGGAAGAGUUUCUUCCAUAGCAGAAGUGACUAAGAACCUCCCGGAUGCAUUCUUCAAUGUGACAGAAUUGAAAGAAAAUUUUGCAAGGAAAGGUUUGUCAAUAGAGGAAAUGGUAACACUUUCAGGUGCUCACUCUAUUGGAGAUUCACAUUGCUCUUCAUUCUCAAAACGUUUAUACUCUUUUAAUAAGACUUUUGCUCAAGAUCCAUCCAUGGAUCCUUCUUAUGCCAGUUUCUUGAAAACUAAAUGCCCUCAGCCAUUGAACACCAGAACUAGUCCUGAUCCAUUGGUGCCUUUUGAUCCUGUGACUCCGAACCAGCUUGAUAAUAACUAUUAUAAAAACUUGAAGAGCAGCAGGGGACUAUUGGCUUCAGAUCAAGUGCUUUGGAAUAGUGUAUUAACAAGGAAUCUUGCGAAAGAGAAUGUGAACCACCCCAGUGCUUGGGCUGCAAAGUUUGCUGCUGCAAUGGUGCAUAUGGGUUCCAUUGAUGUGCUCACUGGGAAUCAAGGAGAAAUAAGGAAGAAUUGUAGGGUUGUGAAUUGAAGAUAUGAUGCAGCUGUUGAGAGUGCUGAAAUUUCAAGUUUUCUGUUUUGCUAUGAUUUCAUAACAGAGUUUGGUUGCUUUCAUUAUGUAUUUUAUGAUUUUGAUUUCAACUAAAGAAAAUUUGUUUAAAUUAAACAAUGUUAUGUCUUUCUAGUGAGU